UGUGGGUCGAAAGAUUUUCUGAGAAUUUCGCUUUUUGAUUUGCAAGUUUUAAUCAAAUUUUAUUGGAUGUUUGAGUAUCUGCAUCAUUUUCUAUUGGAUUUCUAGACGGAUAGUGGGGAAAAGUGCAUUUUAUUGGAUAAUUUAUUAUCUAAUAUUUAUUUAAGAAAUAGUUAAAAGUGAUUGGUUACUUUCUUUUUUGCACAAUUCUAAAAUGGUGAUGAAAGCGAAGAAAUGGUGUUGCGAUAAACUUUAUUUGAAAUGAAUCUUUGUUGCAAAUUUUUUUUAUUUGUUUGACCUCGAGAGGACAUGCACUGGCUUACGUAACCGGGCCAUACGAAAUAAUCCCCCCUUUUUCCCCAAAAAAUCCUUAACUGGUCCCCCACUCAAAAAAUUUGGCAACCGGCGUCUAAGCCAACUUUUCCUGGUUAAACACAACUAACUAUCGCGAAAUUCGGUUGCUUUUUUUUACAACGCUUAACUUUCAAAUUGAUCAAAUUCAAAAUAAUCAAAAAAAAAAAAGUUUGAUGCAUCCGGGCUUCUAUCAACGCCUAACUACGUUUCCUGGGUAUGGAAAUGAGAGCUAACAGCAUAAUAAAUUCGCGGGUCGACAUGGAGUCCGUACAGCAGCAGCAAUUCUGCCUUAAAUGGAACAGUUUUGGUAGCAAUCUGGCAACGUCACUCAGCAGUCUGUUCAAAUGUGAAACAUUGGCUGACGUUACCCUCUUUUGCGAUGGGGUCACCUUUAAGGCGCACAAAUUAAUCUUAGCGGCGUGUAGCAAACAUCUCGCCGACUUAUUUGAAACGGCACCUCUCCAUCAAAAUCUCCUCAUCAUUCUUGAUGGAACAUCGGCCUCGAAUAUGGCCGCUCUUUUGGAGUUUAUGUAUAAAGGCGAAGUUCACGUUUCCCAAGAUGCUUUAAGCAGUUUUUUAAAAGCCGCCGAAUGCUUGCAAGUGAAAGGUUUAAGUAUCGAACACGACAAAUUAGCUGUUGCCCAUCAUAUGGAAAAACAAUCGCCGAAACACGAAGAUGAACGCCCCACACCUUCCCCAUAUUCCCCCAUGUCUCCAUACAGUAUGCAUCCGCCCCAUUACAGACCCUACGAUCAAAGAAUGACACCCGUUGAUAGACGAUCUUUAAGAAGCCCGAAUGAUAUGCACCCAGAAUCUAUUCGACCCUCAGUUUUGAGGGAUUGCAGCAAAGUUGGAAGGCCACCAUCCCCGGGGCCUAUGUCUUUAGCUUAUAGACCAUCAUCAAGUUCCUCUUGCAGUUUACCGACCCAACAAGAAGCCGACGCGCCUCCGGAACAUAGAUUUGAUCAAGAACCGGCCGCAACAGCUUUAAUAUGUCCAGAACCGAGUACCAAUCAACAAUGUGUUGACCCUGGAUGCCCCGAAGAUUUAAGGAUUAAAAUGGAACCAAUGGCGCAAGAUGAACAACCAACUCCAAGUAGUACAGCUCCAGGAAGCAGCACAAAUGGAUCGCCACAAAAUGGACCUUUAGGAAAACUAACGGGCUACGAAAAUGAUAAAAACGAUAUGGUUACACACACGAUUUGGAAUUCUGUUACGAAUAAGUUAUCUCAUAAGUCCAGCUCUGUUUCGACACCUGAUGGUAAAAAGUUAAAAUGUCCAUUCUGUGAGAGAUUAUAUGGUUAUGAAACAAAUCUUCGAGCUCAUAUACGUCAACGACAUCAAGGAAUACGCGUACCAUGUCCAUUUUGUACAAGAACCUUCACAAGAAACAAUACGGUGCGUCGUCAUAUAGCAAGGGAACACAAAACGGAGCUUAGUUUGAAGGCGUUCCAAACUCAGCAGGUUCAUAAUCAUAACCCAUAGGUACCGAUAGCACAUGCCCCAAUAAAACACCCAUACAGUGUUAGUAACUGUAUCUCGUCGCAAAUGUUGCUCACUUAGUCUCUUCUCUUUCUAUCACUGUGGAAUUUUUUCUCUUCAAUUGCCAUCUCCGAUCGGGGUAAAUUAAAUUAAGAAGAAAAAAAAUUGGUUUAACGUUAUUAAUGAUAAGGUAUACCUACAUGAUAUGCUAAUUAUUAAUUAGUUAAUUGAAUAAGAAAAUUUAUGCGUGAAAAAAAUGAAUUGAUAAAUGAUAAAUAAGUGAAUUAUGAAAGAAAGGAAGAGAGAUAAAGAGAGUUAUUUAAGUUUAUGUUUUAAUGGUGGAUGUAAUAGUGGGUAUGUGCUAGGAACCGUCCGUCUACCUCAUUAUUUAGUCCCUAGUCAAUUGAGCGACCAAUUUCAACAGGUUUCGCCUCAAAACACUCAGGAAAUCACACGCAGUGACAUGUAUGUAAUAAUAAUUGAUAUAAAAUUGAUGAUGAGUAUCAAUGACGAUAGAAUUUAUUAUUUUUUUAAACGUUAGGUUUAUUAUUCUUGUUGAUGUUGAGGAUUAUUUUUUAGUGCAUCUGCUUAAUCAGAUAGAAUUUUAUUAUUAAACGUUGUAUUUUUCACGCCUGUGCUAAGUUACGAUGUAAAAUUUGUUUUAUUAACAAUUAGAAUUGUUUUGUAAAGAAUUCUUUUUUGAUAACUUAUCGCAGGAUUUAUUAUACAACCACAUAUUAUCUACCUCAGGUUUCAAUAACCUACCAGCGCGUCGAAAAACAGUGUGUUCAGUAUUUCCGGGUAAAAAAAAUUUUAAUGAUAAACAUUCUUAACCGGCUCUGUGCAAUCGCGAAAAAGAAAUCGUAAAUUUUGUGAUAUUUUUGUUCGUUUCGAAAUUUUUUUUUUAAACUUUAGGUCUUAGAAGUAAAUCUUCAGCUGGUUAAGGAUGAUCUUACUACCUCAUUACUUACAAUACUUACCUACCUCAAAAUGUUUAUACACAAUUCUAUUUUUUACUUUUUUAAUAUUACGGAAGAUUUUAAGU